AUGAACGGUGCCGUCGACCAAGAUCUGGCUUCGGCUUUCCGACAGCAUCUGCCAGAUCUGAGCACACCACGCUUCCAGAUCUCAUCACAACAAAGUCCCUAUGAAUACUCUGAGGCCUUUCAGAAGAACCAUGUUCCACCCUGGCUGUACAACCUGACACAGGCCUGGAAGGAGCUUCUGGAGGAGCCUUACACAGGCGUGACAUCUGAUGGGCAUAUCCGCGAAGGUCUUUUCCGGGAGGAGGACCUCGGAGCCGACAUUGAAGGGAUAGUCAAAGCCACAGAUUCCGUCCUGUCCAAAUUGGAUUCUAAGCAGAAGGAAAAGCUUCGAUAUCCUCUGGGAGCCAAAGAAUGGCGUUGCUGGUCCAACCCAGAGUUCCUCCUUCGCCCAUUUGGACUACGACUAGAAGAACUUCCAGAAGAUGUCGCACAGUCAAUACUUGCCGUUAUCGCUGCCACAUUUUCCCCCGAAGGGUAUGAAAAGGCUCUCUCAGCCAUGCGCAUCAAUCAUUUUCUUGGUGAAGUAUGCGAAGUGCCCAGAAUCAUGAACCAGUAUUCUUACAAUUUCCUGCUGUUUGGAGAGCCAUCAAAUGAUCAAGCUUGGGGCUGGUCUUUGUAUGGACAUCAUCUCUGCUUGAAUGUUUUCCUGAAGGGCCGCCACAUCACCAUUUCUCCAUGCUUCACAGGCGCGGAACCGAACCUGAUUGACAAUGGUCCAUGGAAAGGCACGGCUAUACUGCACAAGGAAGGCGAUCUUGGCCUCAAAUUGAUGCAAAGCUUGCCAAGGUCAUAUCAAAAGGAAGCGCAGAUUUAUGAGCUGAUGCGGGAUCCAGCCAUGAAGCAGACCGGGGAUCUCAAAACCGAUAGAUGGAACCAAGAUGAUCAACGGCAUCUGUGCGGAGCAUUCAGAGACAACCGCGUCGUGCCCUAUGAGGGCAUCAAAGUCUCGUCGAUGACUCCUGAGCAGCAGCAGCUCAUCCUCGAUAUUGCUGAGGAGUUCUCGUUAUAUCUCCCGGCCAAGGCGCGACAAAGGAGGAAAGACCACAUCAGUGAGCACUUCGACGAAACAUACUUCAGCUGGAUAGGCGGAUAUGGAAACGACGACGCGUUCUACUACAGAAUUCAGAGCCCGGUGGUUAUAUUCGAGUUUGAUCAUCAUUCAGGAGUCUUCUUGACAAAUAAGGAGCCAGCAAAGUUCCACACUCACACAAUCUGCCGUACGCCAAACGCUGGAGACUACGGACAAGCACUCCGAGAUCCGCAAGAUCGUGUACCAUAG